AUGCUGUCCCGCGCCGCUACCCGCACCACCACUUCGCUGGUCGCCCGCCGAGGCUUCCACUCCACCCGCGCUCGUCUGUCCUCGCCUUACCACUACCCCGAGGGCGCCUACAGCAACAUCCCCUUCAACCCCCGCAGCAAGUGGUUCGGCGUUGGUUUCUGGACCUUUAUGGGUGCCGGUUUCUUCGCUCCCUUCGGUAUCUCCGGUGCGUGGUUUCCGUCCAGCAGAGCUGCUCCCCGACUCGAGGCAAAAACUGACGUGCUAUGCAGUCUGGCAGACCUACAAGCCCACCUAAAUUCGCGGUUCGCGGUUUGGGCCUGGCGCUUGUCAAUUGGCAGAUCCCGGAGCUCGGUUGGUGGAUUGUUGUGUACAUACCCGAAUAGACAUCACUCGGUCACCUUCGAUCCUUGUCCUCAAUCUCAUUUGUUGAUGAACGUUUCGCCAUGA